GCUAGAUCCAGAACAUCAGCUGAACUCUGAGCUUUAGCCAUGUCAUUAAUAAUCUUAACUUCUGCGCACAGAUUACAAUCAGCCUGCAGAUUGCAGAGAAUACAAGGACACAUGAUGUCCACUAAAGUUGGAUCUGAAGUUCUGUUUGAGAAAGUUGGGAACGCUGGAGUCAUCACACUAAACAGACCCAAAGCUCUCAAUGCUCUGAAUCUCACCAUGAUCAGACACAUCUACCCUCAGCUCAAGAAAUGGGUCAAAGACUCAGAAACGGAUCUAGUGAUCAUUAAAGGAGCAGGGGAGAAGGCAUUCUGUGCUGGUGGGGAUAUCAGAGCUGUCUCAGAAGCUGGAAAAGCAGGCGAUUCUCUCACUCAAGACUUAUUUCGUGAGGAAUAUAUUCUUAACAACACUAUUGGUACAUAUCAGAAACCGUAUGUGGCUCUAAUCGAUGGAAUUACAAUGGGAGGAGGCGUGGGUCUUUCAGUUCAUGGACGGUUUCGUGUGGCCACUGAGAAGACACUGUUUGCCAUGCCAGAGACGGGCAUUGGUCUGUUUCCUGAUGUUGGUGGUGGCUACUUCCUGCCCAGACUUCAAGGCAAACUGGGGCUCUUUCUCGCCCUGACUGGGUUCCGCCUCAAAGGGAGAGAUGUUCAGAGGGUCGGGGUGGCUACUCACUUUCUGCAGUCUGACAAGAUUGUGUCUCUUGAGAAGGAUCUUGUUGAUCUGAAGACUCCAUCUAACAGUGAUGUGGCCCAACUACUGGAUUCUUAUCAGGAACAGAGCAGUCUGGAUGCUGAGAAACCUUUUGUGCUGCAAGAACAGACAGAUGCCAUCGACAGGCUCUUUUCAGCUGGAAGUGUGGAGGAGAUCAUGGAGAACCUUAAGAAAGAUGGCUCUGCUUUUGCACUCAAACAGACUGAGACUCUGGCCAAAAUGUCCCCAACCUCACUGAAGUUAACUUUCAGGCAGAUUCAGGAAGGAGCGAGAAUGAGUUUGCAGGAGGUGUUGGUGAUGGAGUAUAGACUCAGUCAGGCCUGUAUGAGAGGUCACGAUUUUUAUGAGGGAGUCAGAGCAGUGCUAAUCGAUAAACACCAGAGUCCAAAGUGGAAACCUUCUACCCUGUCUGGGGUCUCAGAGCAGGCUAUUGAAGAAUGUUUCAGCUCCCUGGGUGAAAGAGAUCUCAAACUAUAGAAACUCUCCUCAAAAAUCCCGUAAGCUGCUUUCACAAACCUCUGAAAUUUAUCAAAGAAAUCUGCAUUGUUAUUUCUGUCAGUAUAGCUGACGAAUGCAAAAAUAAUUCUGCUGCUUAUAGCUAAAGCAAAUGUUCCUCUGAGACUUCUGCACAGAUUCACUGAUCUUUAUGAUGAAAUGAACAAUACUAGUUUCUUGUGGAAAUUCAGAGGUUUGGGGAGUUUUCUUUGUGCCAUUCCACUGGGAAACGGAAUUUAGAGUAAGCUAACAAUUGAGAGCAGCCUAGUCAUAUUUUAAAGGGAAAGUUCAUCCAUAAAUGAAAAUUGUGUCAUCAUUUACUCAACCCUAUUUAAAA